AUGGACUUGUGGGGAAGAGACAUCAGCAGAGUGGAGGCUUUGAAAGACGAGAUUUUCAGUCUCCUUCAGCAGCGAGAGAAACAGAGAGGUCCCGGAGGAAGCGCCAGCAGCUCCGGCCGCUCCUCUGCCUUGCUCAGAGGCAAAUUUUAUCAAUUCUGUCAGGAUGUGGAGCACCUGGAGAGAGUUAUGAAGGCUUCCGAAGCCGAGCGGUCGAGCGAUAUGUCUUCUGCAGACUGGCGUCGCAGGCGCGAACAAAUGUCUCGCCUCCUCGCCGAAAAAUCUGAGCUUCAACUCUCCUUUUCUCGCGCGUUCUCUUCGACCGAAGACGACCUCUGCGGCUUGCCGGAGUCCGGCGCGGUUUGGGUGGACGUUUCGGGAGGCGCUCGCGCACUGAAAACGCGCGAGGAAAACAUUAUCGCGGAGCAGGACGAACAACUCUGUUUCCUCGCUGGGACCGUGAGCAAUCUGAAGAGCAUUGGACAUGCAGUCGGCGACGAAGUGGAUGUACACCGGAAGCUGUUGGACGAUUUGGACGUGGACGUCGUCCGAGCGCAGACGCGUCUCGAGAAGAACAAAGAACUGCUCAAGAAAAUCGUCGACAGACAGUCCACUGCAUGCCUCCUCUUCACUGCGCUCGCGCUUCUGGUCGUCCUCAUCUUCCUCGUCGUGGCGACCGCGUAAAGGCGGACGAACGCGGCGAGAGACAGGGGAACCGAGGGCGAGGAAAGCGGCGUUCUCUUCUGUGCAUUCUGGAAGACUGUCGGCAAUGCAGUGAAAGCCUCCGCACUCGUCCGGUGCCUGCAAACGGACAGGAGAAACCUCAGCCGACGGCAAAGAAAGACGAAGGAGAACGAGAAGAGCAAACAAACGUAGAGAGAGGACGAAAGGACGAAGAGACGCGGUAUCAACGCUCGAGCUUUGUCUUUUUCGUUCGUUCUUCCCUCGCCGUCUCUUUGUCUCCUCCAAGAACGGCUCUGUCUGUUGUAAAGAAAUCUUUCGUCUCCGAAUUCUGGCGUCUCUCCUCUCUCGCGGGUGUGUGCAGGUCCCUCUCUGUGUCCUUGGUGCAUGUCGAGUCUGAAAAGCGUGUGACGUACUCUUUCACAGCCGUCUGUUCCAAUUUUUCAGGUUUUUUCACUUUUUAAUGAAAGAUUCCGCGUCUCAGGACCUCGCUGCGAAGAAACACUGUCUCCCAUCCCGUCACUCGCCCUUCGAGUCUUCUUCCCCGAAACGGCCAUGGCAAAAAAAACGUCUCUCACUCAAAAACAUUUUCAGAUUUCCUCGUCUUCAAGGCCAUCUUCUCUCUCUGUGAAGCCACACAAGUCCCGCUCUCUUGAGUCAUACAUACAUAUAUAUACAUAUAUAUAUAUACAAAUAUAUACAUAUAUAUACAUAUAUAUAUAUACAAAUAUAUAUAUAUAUAUAUAUAUAUGUACAUGUAGAUAUAUGUAUAUCUGUAUCUUUCCUUUUG